UCGUAGAGAAGGAAUCAGAUAGAGUUCGCAAUGGUGAUGUUUUCAAAAUCUUCUACGUAGAACUCUUACACAGUCAUCAUGUACGUACUUUCUGUUUUUUCGAAUUUUCAUUUUGUCAUUUGUUUGUUCUGGGCAGAAACCGGGAGUCGCAAUCGGCGUUUGUCUCUGUACUGGUUGAGUCGUGAGAACCCGCCAGUGGAAGAAGAAAAAUUUCCGAGUUCGUUUGCAGAAUUCAAAUGGUGUAGUGGCAGAUUACGAUCGAUUAAACGAGCAGGCUUAUUUAUAAUUUUUUCUUCCUUGAAGUAAAGGGUUUUCUCAUUUCCAAAUGCUGAUCGAGAUUCGGCAAAAGUAAAGUUCUUCAAGUAGAUGUGUUGUGUUGCACCGGCCACAUCGAUUUCCCCAGAAUGCAGCGCGGUACUUCUCCAAACCUUUUGGAACUAUUCAAUAGGGGGUGUUUUUGAUUGGGGUUCCACAGCCCAUUCAAGCGUGGUGUUUGUCGACAAAAAUUUAUCUGCCGUAGCAGCUAGGCGAAUAAUGACGCUUUUCGACAAUUUGUGAAACAAAGUCUAAAAAAGAAAGAGACUUUUUCGAACUGCGGCUUGAACAAUGGAAAAGUCACAUUUUGUUUCAGUUUUUGUCCCAGGGACGAAGCAAUUAGCGCAUUAGCGAACGAUCGAAGAAUAAGCAAACAUGUUAUUACUGUAAAGCCAACGCUUCCUUCUCUCAUAAAAAUAACCUUGCGUUUCUCAAGACUCUCGCAAUCAUUUGAAAAGACAAAACUCUAACACAAUGCACGCCAUGAUCAUCCCCUCCGAAACGAUGUUGCUAACAUCGGCCACAUCCAACGAAGCCAAGGUAACCAUCAUGACCGCCGAUGAUGAAACCGCGACUUGCAGCAGUUUCACUGAAAGCGACGACAGCACUACCUCGCAUACUCUCAAAGAGGUGAAAGGGUCAAUCUUGGGACCCUCCACUAGCGAUACUGGAUCGGAAUCGGAAUCAGUCCUGAGCAGAGCCAGUAGUUCAAGCAGCAUUGAUUCUCUGGACGAGAGUGAAAAUGUCAUCACCAAGAAACGAGUAUCUUUUGAUGCUGUCAACAUUCGCAGCUAUCAACAAACUAUGGGAGACAACCCAGCUGUGAGCUACGGGCCGCCAAUUCAACUCGAUUGGGAUUACGAAGAACACGAUAGCAUCGAUAUAGAUUCCUACGAAGCCUGCAGAGGUCUUUCACGCAGGACUCUGCGCCAAAUGGCCACUAGUUACUACCAACGGAAGACAUUUUUGGAACGAGAGUACKGAUUCACCGAGGAAGAGACCAGGCAAGCGAAGAAAGACGCGAACAAAAUCAAGUUCCGCCGAGAGGUCACCAAGUCUCUACUCCCAUACAUGCAUGUGGAAGAUGCGAUCGAGAGUGUCGGCAGGAAAGUCAAGCGAAUGGUGUCGAAAAGAUGAGAUGACUUCGGUCAUUCCCAAUUUUGUUUCACGAUUUUUCCCGAAGUGAUCUCUGUAAUAUUAUGAAUAUAAACUAGAACUUGUACACUCUUCCACAAUGCCUUGGCAACAACUAUCUUAUGAAGUGAACCUAUUAUCUUUCGUCUUCUAUCUGUAGUAGUAAAGGCCAAGGUCUGAAAGGUGCACACCCUGUCGAACCCCUGUAAGAAAGAACGAAAUAUGUUUUCAUCAAUUGUGUUUUGUGUUAAAGCAAACUAUUACAGUCCUCUUGUCCGUAGAAGUCGGUGGGCAACGCCAUCAUCACCAGCAGGAAUAUCCUUUUCUCCUCCUUCGUCGUCACCAUUAUCCUCUUCUUCUUCGUUUUCUUCAUCGUUUUCUUCCUUGUUUUCUGCAUCGUUUUCUUCGUUGUUUUCUUCGUCGUUCUCUGCUUCAUUAUCAUCACCGCUGCCACUUUCUUCCGCUUGAUUAGCUUCUUCCUGGUUUUCUUCCUGGUUAUCUUCUUCGUUUUCUUCUUCAUUUUCAUCACCACUACCACUUUCCUCCGUUUGAUUAGCUUUAUCAUCAUCGACACCAUCCUCUCCUUGUUCAUUUUCUUCAUUGGCUUCUUCAUCUUCAGCUUCAGCACCAUUUUCUUCAUUAGCUUCUUCUUCAUCUUCACCAGUCUCUUCUUCUUGAUCAUCUUCUUCAUCUCCAGAACCAUCUUCUUCUUGCCCUUCUUUUUCAUCGUUCCCGUUCUCAUCGUCAGUAUUUGCUUCUUUACUGUCAUCAUCGCCCCCGCCAUCAUCGUCUCCGCCACCAUCGUCCCCGAAGCUAGGUUCUCCGUAUUGUCCCUUUUGAUGAAGCGCAUUGUCGGCUUCGUUAUAAUUUAUACAGCCAUUCUGGACAUCAAGCUCUUCGUCGUCGUCAUAAUCCCAUAACGACUCCAUACUCAGUGAGCGUUCUCCACCUUUGAAAUCAACCGUGCCGGGACUAAAGACAAUGCGGCAUUGGGAUUCAUAUGUCCAUUGCCGAGGAAUAGGUUCAAACCAACCCAAUUCAGGCGACGGCGGUUCAUUGCUUCCGCGCCUCUUGUGGACUACAAUGCUUACCGAUUCCACAUUGUUUUCGGCAUCGAUAGUAACUCCGUCAUAUUCACGGUCUAUUAAGCCGUUGCUAUACCGUUCUGCCAAAUUUACUGCAAAAUGGAGGUAAUAAGGAGUGUCUCUAGCACUGGCGCCUUCACGCAGUAGAUAAUACUCGUAAGUAUCGUACCAGUAAUCGAUUUCUCUCCGCAGGUAGCUGGCGUCGGCCCACUCCUUUUCUUGAUAAAGAACAGGUUCUUGCCCGUUGCUGAAACGAAUGACAGCAGUCAGUCUUGCUUGCGCAUGCGGGGGUUUCUUAUCGAAUAAAAUGUAUGGACCCGAAAAGAGCCCUGUCAUCGCAGUGAUCGUAUAGAGACUUUCACUUACAAACUCAGGAGGAUAAACGAAUGUUUCCACCAGAGAGGUAUAAGGAGCGGGCAUCGCCAGUUCCAUUUGAUCAGACGGGAAGGUAUUAAAGAUCAAUAAGUACAGGAUAGAUACAGCAAAAGUAGUUUCGGCCAACAUUUUGCGUCUAAAAGCGUGAGAUCCUGCUUUCGUGGCUUUGUACUUCAACCUGCUCUCCAUGGCGGCGUCGGAAUUGGAUUUACCAUCGUUUGGGUAAGCGAAGAAACAUACCCAACCAAGGACUGACAGAUACUCAAAAAUAUGCAUCAACAAAGCCAACUCGAUACCAAUAUGCAGGAUCACAAUGGCAGCAAAGGUGAUUUUUCGGGUUUUGAGGGGCCAAAUGGUCACGAUGCAGAGCAUCUCGAUCGUGAGCGACAACCAUGUUUGCAACUUGAUGGGCAGCAUUCGGUUGUACAAAAAAUCAAUGACGAUAUCCGGAUAGAAUCGCCCCAUCCCUUCGUCGUACCAGCACCAGGAAAGGGCAUCCCCUCGAAUCCAGGGCGAGCUAAUGAAUUUUCCUAGUGCUGCUCCCAUGUAUACCAAGCAAGUGUACACCUGCCAAAACCGAAACGGCCACAUCGGCCACGAGGUCGACAAGUUGAGCGUGUGUUGUCGAUACCGGUGGAUUUCUUCGGGAUCGUUUGGGAGGUUCAGCCACAGCCGCACACGCGGGACAAGACCCCCGAAUCCGUCCCGGAUGGUAACAUGAUCGAGCGGUAAGAAGAUCAAAAAGAAGGCCCACAUUCGAUUCAUGUGAAAUUCGUGGUCCCAGAGCACCGAGUUGUGGGCGAACAUGUUUUGGAGAAAGAAAAAACACCCCACCGC